CUAAAAUGAAUGAAAGAUCCGACAGAGCGUCUUGAUAGGCAGAGUUCUGUGUCAGUCCGUGUCGAGCAGUAGAGGAACUUUUCUCUCAAUCGUAUAAUCGUAUACUUAUACGAUUAAUUAUGUCUUCUAGUUAUCUGUGUAGUUAAGAAACUAGAUUUUUGCACGCGUCGUCUUCUACGCAGUUUUUAUGUAACUACACAGACAAAAAGAAGCGUUUGAGCUCAUGACGCCAGUGAGUGUUUGUGGAGAAAUGAAGAUGUCCAGGAGCGGAUCAGGUCUCCAGCCUCUUAAAGCUACUUUUCCCUUCACACUGCACAAACCAGCUGGAGCUGCCGUCACAAAUAUCACUUCAGGUGAUUGGACCAAAUCAGAGUGGCGUCUGCAGACUCGGAUUCGGCGCACUCUAUCUUUGGAUGCGAUUGUGGGUCCGUACUUGCAAGGCCAGUGGCCCAAAGUGGGUGACAAACACAGUCCCAGCAGACACUGCAGGGAAGACAAAUCCACACAGACGCCACAAGCAUGGUUAGCUGGAGCUGAAACGACAGCUGUUAGAUUUCACAAACGCUCGGCAUCAUGGGGAAAUGCAGAACAUCUCCAGGAUGGAAGUGACGUGUGUGCAAGUUCAUCGUUUUCCAAGUUGAAACAACAACUGCAACAGAAGCAAAGGUCAGCUUUUCCAGUAGACAACCAAGAGAAACUGCACAACCAACAUCAGUCCUCGGCUACAUCAUUGACUCGACUGCCAUCACGUCUGCGACACAGUGAAGAGAGACUAGAUCAGGAGCUGGAGAAAGUCUUCAUACAUCAUUCACCGAUUGGCAACUGUAGACUAUAUGAGGUUCCUGAUGGCCACAGGGCUCCUGUUCCACACCUGAGCUCCAGGAGUGGAUUUCAGAUCGAGUCUUCUUGUGUAGCUUCCCAGUCCUCUUCAUCUUCAGCCACAUCUUGCUCUCCGCAACGCCUUUUAGAUCUUGACACUGCUGAUUGUGAACCCGCUCUGUCCUCAGUUGAGGAGGUCAACUCAUGUAUCCUGAUGUUAUCUUCAUCACCACGGCCUAAUAACAGCUACUGCUUUCAGAGAGAUCCACCAGAGGGCUGUGAGAGAGUCCGAGUAUGUGAAGAGAACGUCCCUCCAGGCUUGGACCAGGUGUAUGUGUCCUCUUGCCCCGACCCCAACAAAGUGAACUUCACCACACACACUGGCUCAGCCUUCUGCCCUGUCAAUCUCCCGAAGCCCCUCCUUCCUCCUCCAGUGGACUUCCUGAUCUGCAGCCUCUCAGUUUCUCCAGGGUCCUGCUGGGUGGGACAGUGAUGACUUGAUAAGAAAAGAAAAAGAGAGAUAGAGAUGAAGCGAUUGUGUCUUUAAAAACACUCAGUACUUUGCUUGUAAUGUUGCACUUGCUUCAGCAUCCUUACUACUAGAAAUUACAUUUUUCAUUGUUGAAAAAUGUAUACAUUUAUUUUCUAAUUUAAAAAAUAAUUGUGAUAAGAGAGUGCCAGCUUUCUUUAUAUGGCUCACAGUGAGAGUGGUGAAAAUAUCCUAUUGGAAUGGCAGACAUGAUAAAUUUAUGGUUUAACAAUAAUUCAAUUGAAUAUUGAAUGUUGAAUAGGAAAGAAUAAGUAGAUUUCGUUGUUAUGUAAAGACAAAUGGUACUAUUAAGACAAUGCUUGUAUUUUAAAUCAGUAUUUUACCACCCACUUCAGCGUUAUAAUGAACAAAUUAUAUUGGCAAUUGUUUUAUUUUUUAUAUUUUACCUUCGCUUCAUUUAGUUACAGUUAUUGAAAAGAUUGAAGAAGGUACUGUGGGUGGGUAUAUUCGUGUAAUUUAAAGGGAUAGUUCACCCAAAAAUGAAAAUUUGAUGUUUAUCUGCUUACCCCCAGGGCAUCCAAGAUGUA